AAUUUAUGAAAAUAAAUCUAGACUAAAUAUGAUUAUAGUCUAAUCUCUUAGAAUUUUACUUGGUAACAAACAGAUUAAAGUUUUUGGUUAAAGCUCCCAAGUGGAUUUUGUCAAAACGUUGAUCGUGUCAUGGCAAGGUUUUGUGAUAUGCCGAAGGAUUGGAUGGAUCUACCGAGGUAUAGCAAAGAGUAUAUCAAUGGUGUUAUUAGUUUCUUAGAGUUUGCAUACUCUGAGGGAGAACCGGACGGACAACAAAUUCAAUGUCCUUGUAAGAGGUGUUGUAACAUUGAGUGGUAUAGAAGAGAUGUGGUAUUUGACCAUUUAGUAGCCGACGGAUUUGUUAAGGGAUAUAGAACAUGGAUUAAUCACGGGGAACGGACAAUCCCGAUGGUGGUUGAUGAUGACACGGAUGAUGAAGGUGCACGCGAUGACAUUGAAGGACUGCUUAAUGAUGCAUUUGGAGAUCAUGCUGAGGGUGUUACUGUAGGUCCAAAUGAAGAGGCUAAAAAGUUUUAUAAUUUAAUAGAUGGGGCAAGUCAAGAGUUAUACCCGGGCUGCAAGAAAUUUUUUACAUUAUCUUUUACCAUCCGCCUGUACUUGUUAAAGUGUUUGCACGGUUGGAGCAAUGCCUCCUUCACUUCCCUUCUUAAGCUAUUGAAAGAGGCAAUGCCUGAAAUUAACAUACCUCCAUCUUUCCAUAAGACGAAGGCUAUGAUAAGAGAUUUAGGUCUGGAUUAUAAAAAAAUCGAUGCUUGUCCUAAUGAUUGCCUCCUGUAUAGGUAAGAACUAAAGGAUGAAACACAAUGUCGUGUGUGUGGAACAUCUCGAUAUACUGAAAAUUCUAGUGAUAAUAGCGAGAACCAACCUCACAAGAAAGGUCGUCCUAUUCCUGCAAAGACGCUGAGAUACUUUCCUAUAAUUCCAAGACUUCAGAGAUUAUUUAUGUGCUCAAAAACGGCAGUUAGUCUGAGGUGGCAUGAUGAGGAGCGCGUUAAAGAUGAGACGUUAAAGCAUCCUGCUGAUGGCCUGGCAUGGAAGAACUUUGAUGAAAUGAAUGAAGAUUUUGCAAAAGAAUCACGCAAUAUUAGACUAGGCUUGUCAAGUGAUGGGUUCAACCCAUUUCGUAGCAUGAAUAUUUCGUGGAGCACGUGGCCCGUAAUGUUGAUGGUAUACAACUUGCCCCCGUGGAUGUGCAUGAAACCUGAAUAUUGUAUGCUUUCUUUGCUUAUUCCUGGGCCACAAUCACCUGGCAAAGAUAUUGACGUGUAUCUACAACCAUUGAUAGAAGACUUGAAGUUGUUGUGGGAAAUAGGGGUGGAAACUUAUGAUGCAUCAAAGAAUGAGACCUUUCAAAUGCGAGCAGCUCUUUUGUGGACAAUCAAUGAUUUUCCUGCGUAUGCUAUAUUGUCUGGGUAGAGUACAAAGGGAAGAUUGGCUUGCCCUUGUUGCAACAAAAAUACCUCUUCUCUACAACUAAAACAUAGUCGGAAGACAGUUUAUAUGGACCAUCGUGUCUUUUUACCCAUGGAUCAUCCAUGGAGAACCAAUACAAGGUCUUUUAAUGGGAAGCAAGAAUUAAGACCCCCUCCACCUGUUAUAGAAGGAACGAAAAUUUUUGAGAUGCUACAAAAUGUUGAGAAUAUUUUCGGGAAGAAGCAAAGUACAUCAAAUAGUUUCUUAUGGAAUUGGAAAAAAAGAUCAAUUUUCUUUGAAUUGCCUUACUGGCACAAGAACCCACUGCGUCACAACUUAGAUGUCAUGCACAUAGAGAAGAACAUAUUUGACAGUAUAAUUGGAACCCUUUUGGAUAUCCCAGGCAAGACAAAGGAUCAUCUGAAUGCUCGAUAUGACUUAAAAGAUUUGGGGAUCUGGAAAAAUCUUCAACCAAAGGAGGUGAAUAAUGGCAAGAGAACAAAGUUGGCAAAGGCAUGCUUUUCUAUGACUGCUGCAGAGAAGUCAAUUUUUUGUGGUGUUUGAAGACAACAAAACUACCUGAUGGUAGUGCUUCGAAUAUAUCACGGUGUGUACAUCUAGGAGAAAGAAAAAUUUCUGGGUAUAAGACCCACGAUGCUCAUUUUUUGUUACACUACUUACUACCAAUACCGAUUAAAAGCAUCCUUCCUGAUCACGUGGCCAUUCCGUUGAUUCGACUAAGUUCCUUUUUUCGUCGCUUAUGCAAAAAGUUAAUCACACUGGAAGAGAUAGAUCGACUGGAGUUAGAGAUUGUGGAAACAUUAUGCCACC